GGACUUCAAGAUGGAUCUAACAGAUCGCCGUGGACCGAAUAGUUGUUCAUCCCUACACAAAAUAAGUUUUGGUUUGGGACAUAUUUACAACGAUUUAUGUGCUGCAAUGUGGUUUUCAUACACUCUUUUUUAUUUUCAAGUGGUUCUGCAAAUAAAUAGUACCAGUGCGGGGAUAUUACUUAUGUUAGGUCAAAUAAUAGACGCAAUAGCCACUCCACUAGCAGGCUGGAUCAUAGACUACACAAAUAGCAAAAGAAUAUGGCAUUUUAUUGGAACAAUAGCAGUUUCGAUAGGCUUCUCUUUAAUUUUUUCUCUAAAAUCUACAACAGUAUACAGUAGUGUUUUAUUAUACUACGGUUUGGUAAUAACGCUAUUUCAAGUAGGAUGGGCCGUAGUACAAAUAUCCCACUUGUCAUUGAUACCAGAAAUUUCGAAAAAUCAUAAUCACAGUUCAGAUCUCACAGCCAUCAGGGCAACCAACGAAAAUAUGGAGAUGGAUGGAAUUCGUGAAACGAUAGCUACAGUUCCACUGGUUUGCUAUAUAGCGUCCUUUUUAACAGCUAUAUUUUUAAAGUUUAGGCUAUCGUUUUGUGGGGACAAGAUAAUAUAUUUUAUUGGUUCUGUAUAUGGUUUAUGCGCUUCCAUGUGGAUAACCAUUGGUAUACCUCUAACCUCGAAUUGGCAAUUGUAUUGUGUUGCAAUAUUACUAGGUAUUAGUGGUUCUGCGACAAUGGUGGCUAGCUUAUGCCUGACUGCAAAUUUCGUAAAAUCAAAUGGUUAUGGUGGUGGAUUUGUUUAUAGCAUUGUAACAUUCACAGACAAGUUUAUAUCUGGAUUUGUGGUACUUUUGGUGCAAAAUAUGCAAUGUUCUCCAAUUUCCGAAUGUCCUCAUUAUUAUGAACAUGUCUUGUCAUACAUAAGUGGUGGAGUUUCCCUUGUUGGUAUAGUUUCCUUGGGCUUGCUUCAGUGGCAAAUUAAAAAUAAUGGCAGACGAAACUCCUAAUGUUAAAAAAAACAUAUAUCCACAAUUCACAUACAUAAAUACUUGUAGCUCUUGUUCCACUAAACACCUAGGACUUGUGCGAUAUACAUUUUACUUGCAACCUUAAUGUAACCCUCUGUUGCGGUGGUGGACUUCCACCUACCAUGAUGCUUGAUGGUGAACAUAUUACCCCCGGCCUUAGCCAAUAAUGUCGCCGAUGAUAUGACAAUGUAAGAUUGCUUCUGGUAGUUUCAAGAUGGAAUUUUUGACAGUGCUGCUAUCAACGGGUUGCGUGUUACAUUUUUCAGUACCAUAUCGUGUAUUUCCUACUAAUUCCAAUAGAGAAGCCUUCAUCGACGAUGUCAGGGAUUGAAAUAUGACCCUUAUCCAGUAUACUCGCAAUAGUUAGGUUUGUCAAUUCAUUAUCAUUCACAAUCUAAAAUAUUUGAAAUAAGGCUUUCAUCAUCAGGAACUCUUUAUCGGAUGCUUUGGCCUUUUUAGGUUUGUGGAACUUUUUAAAAACGAAGGCAGGCUUGUCUUGAGCAUCGAAUAUGUUGUCCACAAUAGGGAUGAACAUGUUUUCUUUACAUUUGGAAAAUAUGCUUUGACAUCCUUGGCAGCAACUGGAAACACGUUUCUUCUUGGGCUUCCUUGCAAGGAACCAUGGUUAUAUCUGAAGGAAAAUAAUUUUUUUCGACCUCUUCCAUCUUAGCACUUUGGUGUUUUUGUCAAAUUUUUAACGAUUAAUUAUUGGUAAUUUUCCUUAGUAACACUGAAAUGUUUAGCUCGCAAUCCACACAACAUCUCGUUUCGCACAUAAUAAAAACCACAUCACAGACUCUAACGGCGGCCAUUAUUAUGUUGUUUACAAUUCUUGUGCUUCGGGUUUGUGCUGUUUAUACAGAUUAAUAAUCGUUUUAAACGUUGUUUUUCUUACAGAGGCACUUGUAAGCCUCAAAUGAGGCCUUAAAGUGCUAAGGACAACCAUUUUACUCCUCUUUUUGUAAAAAUAAACCUUAUAUAAGGUUAGAAUAUUCUAUCAGGG